AUGGGUGCUGUUAUAUCACAACUCGGCUUCAACCAAGCAUUUCUGCUCGCUCUCAUUGGAAUAAUAGCAAUGCUUGGUCUGACAGUUGUCGCUGUAAGUGGUGAUUCACGAGAUAACCACCAGAACGACUACGCUUUACCACUAAUGAGUCGCAGUUGUUUUUUGUGUGGUGAGAAUCGCGUAUUGGAACGACUUCUCGGAGGAACAGUUCCGGAACGAUCAUCCAACAUCAUAUUUUUGUCGACUUUAGCCAGAUAUAAUGUCAUCAGUUUUGAAACUGCUCGCAACAUCUACCAGCUUUCCAGCACCGCCAGCUGCGUUUUGGUUUGCAGAGAUCACUUCGUCCAGACGAGUUUAUAUAUUACAUGGGAAUUUGAACAAUUAUGGCCCGAUUUCUCACAAAGCGGGCUCGACAAUGCUCCGAUUUCCGUUGUUUGCGACUUGCUGGCACACAUUCGAAUGUAUGCAUCUAUGUUAAAUGAUUUAAAAAUGCUGACGGAGGAAGAUGUCGUUUCAUUUUACAACAAUAAUGUAAUAAAAUAUUACAAUGGUGUGCUGAAUAAACUCGCCUUACCAGAUCACAAAGAGCAGAAUUUGACGAGUCCUUCGAAACAAGUCGUUUGUGGUGACAACCCGUCCACUUCUCAGGAUUCAUCGGCUGAUGUUAUUUCUGUUUCUAAAGCUUCCUGUCCGUCACAAAGAUUUGCCUGUUCUCUCUGCCAGCUUCGCUAUUCUUCGCCAAAACUGAGAUUGGUAUCUGAGAGUACUAAAGAGAAUAUCAUCCUUCUCUCCUGUCUUGUUAUGGACAAUACAAUUGAAAUGGAUGUAGCGAAAAAAAUAUGUAAGGAGAUCUGUCACCACGGCAGACUGCUGUGCAAGAAUCAUUUCGUCCAGGCUGCCUGGACCCUCGGUGAUGAAGUAAGACAAAUGUGGAGCCGAUUCCCCGUUCUCGGACUUCAGCGAAUUCCCGUACAAAUACAAGAAGAUUUGCUGAAGCGAAUUCAGAUGCUUGCUAGAACAAUUCGAAAAGACAUCGCAGUUUCUCUCAUGGAUUUGUGGAAGUUUUAUGAUUUCUGCCAAUCGAUCUACAAGAACACAAAGGACGCCGCAUCGCAAAAGACGGUUAUCGAAGGGCUAGAGAACCAACACUUCUCAUUUUCAAAGUACGAAAAUCCAUGCUCGCUUUCUUCAGAUGAUGAUGAAAAGCCAACUUCUAUAAACGAAGAUGAAGAAUGUAGCGGAGAAGAGAACGUACUGCACGGAAGAAAAAGUCCGAAUGUUGGAAAAAAGAGAAUUCUGAGAAACAUUUGUUUGAUUUGCCACCGCUCUCAUCCACGUGGAGAGAUGCGCAGCUCUUCACGAACUCUCGAUCAAUUCCUUAUAUUAUUGUCAUGUAUGAUAAUAAAUCAUCAUAUGGAUUUGGAGGAUGCUGAGCACGCAUACGACCAGAUGUCGAUGAAGAAAAAAUACGUAUGUCAAAGACACUAUAUUCAAGCGGCGAAGUACAUGUGUGUGGAGGUGGAACGAAACACGGGUAUGUCUAUAACACCUGGAUGCACGAAAGUUCCCAUUGAAACUUGGAAGGUCAUAUCGAAAAGUAUCAAGGACUACUGUGAACUUGUAGAUAAGAGUGUUCCUAUUUUCGAAGAAAAUAUAGGUCGCUUCUAUUCCGACUGUGUAACAAAGUACUAUGUUAGUGGUGGCUGGAAGACGGAUCUAGAGGAACAAAUCCGUGCUCCAAAAUCGCAAGAGAGCAACAACGAAGAUCCGCUUGUAGCUUCCGUUAGCGCGUUAAUCCCUACCAAGGAAGGGAGACUCAAUGAUUCUGGAGAUCAGAAGCCCAAUUUGGAGAAAUCAAUCUGUACUCCAAAACCGUCGACAACUCCUGCAACAUCUUUUGGCGCAACAUUUGUAAAGACAGGACAUGAUGUCAAGGGGAUCAGUUAUAUUACAAGGGACGAAAAAGUUACUAACCCUACCGAUGAUAUCGAUGCGUCCAGCAGGCAUACCACUGAUGAUUCGCCAAAACCCGCUGGAAGAUGGAUUAUUGAGAGACGGUAUCGAAAGUCUCCGUUCACGAAAAUUCGAUGCUAUUGUGGCAUCUGUGGCCAAAUUCGUCUGACGGAAAACCUACAUCCGGUGUUAUCGCAGCCAAGGGCACUUGUAAUUAUUUCGUGUUUGCUUGCGCAGGAUAUCACCAAUGUAGAUGAUGCGAUGCGAUAUUAUAAAGAGGAAGUUUCUAUAAGAAGAUACAAACAUGGUAUUUGCGAGGAGCAUCUUGUAGAAGCGGGUGCCUACCUCGAAGCUGAAUUGAAGCGUCUUCUAGGUCCGACACCAUCGCGUAAGCUCAUUGAAGCUCCUGUGAAUGUAGUACAAAUAAUCGUGGAUCGACUACAACUUUUUGUGGACCGUAUUGAUAAGGGGACUUCGCUAUGUGACAACGAUAUACGAUUAUAUCUCAAGUUUUACUUGAAUAAAUAUGGGGAGAAUGAUGACUGGAAAAUACGUUGGGAGCCAGACAGAAAGAAUGAUUGCGAAACAGUCUGCGAGCCAAGCAGAAGUGGAAAGACGUGUAUAGUAAUUCGCACGAAGAAACCAAAAAAUGCUACAAGCUUGUCAAAACCAUCACUUACAAAGGCUUCGCAGCGAUAUACAUACAAAAAACUGACUGUCGAGCUCGAACCUUCCCGUGGAGAGCGUUACAAACCUAAACAAAAGGAUGUCAAUGAUGUUGAAAGUAUCCACAGUCCAGUAACUGGCAGCAGCCUCCUAGAAACUGCUGUAGAAAGUCUGUGCACCGAAUAUUCGACUGGCACUGAAGUAAUGGAGCGUACCUCUGAAUGCAGUACGGUUCCUUCUCCUUCGUAUGGAUAUGCACCUGCAUCUCGCGCUGUAGAACCGCAAACAUCAGAGGACGAGUUCAGUAAGCUGACUUGCAGUUUAUGCGGCGUUAUCGGCCUGGCAAUGGAUUUCCGCCCCGCUGCAACGGAACCACAGUAUAACAUCGUACUUCUGUCGCUCCUACUAAUGCAAAGUUCGAUGGACAAUGCUCGUGCAAUCGCUUGGUACAAUCAAACACAGCGCAGGCAAUUAAUGAUAUGCAGGUCCCAUUAUAUCAAAGCGGCGGCCCGUCUCUCAAUGGAGAUCAAAAGAGAAUGGGGAAAGUUCCCGGAAAAUGGCCUCGCCGAAGUUCCGGAGAAUAUUAUUUAUUCUAUGCUGACAGUGAUACGUUUAUACAGGGACUUCAUUGAUCCAAAAAUAGAUCUGGAGCGAUGGCAUGUAAACGAGUUUUUUGACGACUGUUUAAAUAAAUACUGGAAGGAUUUUAAAUGGAUGCCGUACAAAAAACGGCUCCGCGUUCAGCAUACCGAAUCUAGAGAUAGCAAUAAAACGGAUAACAAAGGUUCUGCUAAAGAGAACGCAAAGGAAUCGCAUAUAAAUAAGUUUUUUGACGGUUGUUUGGAUAGAUACCGGACGAAAUCAAAACGGAUACCGUACAAAAAAGAGAGUCCCAUGAAAUUUAAAUGGGCGCCGUACAAAAAAGAGUCCCUCGUUCAACAUGCUGAAUCUAGAGAUAGCAUUAAAACGGAAAUCGAAGACUACGACGAAAAGGAAGGCAUGGAUAAUUACGGAUUUCGGGAGUUGUGGGAAAAAUUAGGCAAUUCCUCCAAUGUGAUUCCGGAUUCUUCGAACUUUGAUGACUGUCUGCCACUGUUCCGCACCGAGGAGGAUGUAAAACCAGUCGUUUUCGAUGAAGUUUCAGCGAUUGAUUUAAUUGAAGGAGAUGGGUUCCAUAGCACUUUAACGUCGAGGAAUUUAGCCGAUCACUUCGUUGAAGAUUCCCCUUUGAUCAGAAACGAUGAGAAAAGUUGGAUCGACACUUUGAUGCAGGACGAUGAUAACGAAAGAAAUUCCAUUCAAAGUGACCAAAAAGACCACAUCGUCUUGUUUGAUUCAAGUUCUUUGCCGUCGACAUCCACAGCGCCAGAACCUCAUCUGGAUCUCAAUCUCCAAAUCAAGAUGGAAAUAGAGGAGGACGAUAUCGCAAUGGAAAAUACUGCUGAAGACGACAUCUCAAUGCAGGAUCUUGAUGAGGACAAGAUCAUGAAAUUCCUUUCAGAUCGAAGCAAAAGUAUCGGCGAACUGACACGCGAACUUAAUAUCACCUCAAACGCCGUCCUGUCAUAUCUGCGCUGUACGGAUGCGGAGAGAGAAAUGUGUAAAUGGGUGCCAAGUGACGGUAUAUUGCAAUGUCGCCUCGAGAUUUGCACAUCGUUAGUGUUAAGAAACAUUCGCGAUUCUAUUUUGGAUCGAAUUGUCACGUAUGGCGAAAAGUGGAUAUAUUUUAACAACAAAGAACGGCCUACGCUUUGGCUCGAUGACACUGUAAAAGAUAUAGAAGUACAGAGUGAGAGUAACCCUGAACGGGAAAAAGUUCUACUAACUGUAUGGUGGUCGUCGGCCGGCAUAAUUCACCAUCAUCUCGUUGGAGGAGGCAAAUCAAUGACCGAAGACGACUUCAUUAAACAGAUCUCGGAGGUGUAUAGGAAGAUGGGAAGCAAACAGCCGGCAAAAGGACCGCUUCUUCUUUGUGAUAAUCCUAGACCAUACGUGUCACGCAAUUCCAUCCAAAAGUUAUACCUUUAUGGCAUUGAAGUCCUCCCACAUCCCCCUCAAUCACCGGAUCUCUUACCCUCUAAAUAUCAUAUUUUCCGACAUCUCAAUCAUUAUUUAGCUGGUAGAAAUUUCUACGAUGAUGUAGAGGUAGAGAAAGCUUUUCUUUCAUUUAUUGCAUUCAAAAAACCUAAGUUUUACAGUGAAGGAAUUAGUGAACUUAUUUCGCGGUGGAAAAAGUGUAUCACAUUGAAUGGUGAUUAUUUUCAUAUGUCGUCGUAG